GGGCCAAGUGACAAGUACUGCCAUCCUGAAGUUGGAAGGUACAGUGUGCAGUUAAAGAUGAUAUCUUGUUUAGGUCAAGUUCCAACACUAAUCUUAACAUAACACUGAUUUAAGUCCUUGUCUGUCACGUUGUCUUUUAACUUAACUCAUUGCUACCAUUUACAAUGUCCGCAACACAGUUGUAUGUCUCCAAAAUGCGUCACAGUUUCUCAGUGUUCUAUACUUUUCACGUUUUCAUUCUCUCCAGUAUUAGAAUCUGGCAUGAACCAAACAUGUUAGAUACCUUCUUUCUAAUGGAAGUGCUUUGCUUUCACAUACUUGCAUCUGAUUGUGAGGAGAACCUAGUAAGAAUUUUUGUAUAAAAUAUAUUACUUUGAAAGUAAGUUUUGAAAACAUGUUAACCAAAGGUGUGUACCAGUCUUGGGAAGAUGAAAAGAAAUAGUCACAUUCACAUACAGAAUGAUGUGGGUUGGACGGGACCUGAAAGAUCAUCUGGAAAUACAAUUUGAUAAAAUACUGAUCAAAGCUUUAAAGAAGAAAUAUUGUCUGGAGAAUUUGCUAUUAAGGUUUUAUAUCAUCCUUGAUAUUAUUUAACCAUAAAUGAUUUCUUUUUUUUUUCUUUUUGCAACAGAUCUUAUAGCUGAUGUUUUAAAAUUGUUCUUGCUGUAAUAGUUGCAAGUUAGAAAAAAAAAAACUUGAAUGAGAGAAAAUGUAUUGUAGUGUAGGGAAAGAAAUUAAAAGUUGACAUGCUUCUUUUCAGGAUUAAAAAAAGUUGAAGAACUUACAGCAGAGUCCCACUGGCAUGUUUCUUCAUCUGUUUCACUUAAGGAGGAGACUAUUGGCCAAAGGCCCAUCUUUAUCCAGCCUAUUUCAUGCUGCAGGGUCUGCAGUGGGGAAACAGUCAGAUUUCAAGCUAGAGUAUCUGGCAUGCCUAAACCAGAAAUCCAGUGGUUUCAUAAUCAACAGCUCAUGCUGCCAACAAAAGACUUAGUGUUCCACUUUGAUGAGUUUACAGGCACAGUUAUGCUCAUAAUAGUAGAUGCUUUCCUAGAGCAUGCUGGCCAAUACUCUUGCAAGGCAAGAAAUAGUGCUGGAGAAACAACUUGUACAGCUACACUUACAGUGACUGCAGAAGGUAAAGCCCCAUUUUUACUUCAGAGGGAUUCAGUUUGUUGUAUACCACACUUUCACACUGUCACUAAUGUUCUUUCUUCAUUUCACACCUUUUCUUCAGCAGCUAAUGUUAAUAGUACCCAUCAUCUAUAACCCAGCCACUUUCAUUUCUUCUGUUUAAACUCUAACAUACUUGGAGAUUUGUGAAUUUCUAUCUUGAUGUAGGUCUAGAAUAAGGAUAAUCUUACUGAAGAAGUUCAGAUAUUUUAAACUUGGAAUUAAGUAAUGGUUAUAGCAUUGACUGAGGUAUUUUCACCCUAUUCUGUGAGGGGGACGGGGGAGGAAGGGGAUGGAAAAGAAAAUACCUCCUGAAAAGUUCCAUAAUAAGUCAUCUCAUAUUGAAAUGGACAAGUCAAAGAAGAAAAAAACAUCAACUGUUUAUCAGCUGCAUGACUAGACUAGGAAUCACUUGUCAUUCAUAUUUGUGUGGAUAUUCUUUCUGUAAAGAGCAUAGUGCAUCUGGCAUGCUGAGUUUUCAAAUGAAGAUCAUUCAUUUUCUUUCUCCAUGCUGUAUGACUUUGUUCAGAGCACGGCUCAGUAAAGUUCUGUAGAUACUAACAUUGUUAUUUUUUUGUUACUUGAUUACACAGUGCAAGCCCUAGAUAGGCAAAGUUCUGGGAAAGAUGUAAAAGAGUCUAUGCGGUCACAGGCUAUAUCAGAACUUCAUGUUACUCCUUUCACAAAGAAGAAUAUGAAAGCUUUUCAAAAAGAAUUUAAAUCAAUUCAACAGCCAUCACAGGAAUCGGGUGUACAGGUUUUUGAAAGCAUAUCUGAAAGGCUGACCAUGAAAGCUACAUCAGUUGAAGAAGCAGAAGCCAUGCACACAACAGUCCUUUCCCAGACAUCUCAGAGCACCAGAAUCUCUAUGGCUACUGUUCAAGAACCAAAAGGUGUUCCUCCAACGAUUCUCCUGCAACUCAGAGACCUAACUGUGAAAUCUGGUGACACUGCUCAGUUCAUAUGUGCCUUAGAAAAUGAAUUCUUCUCUGAGUUUCUUUGGGCUCAUGAAGGUAAACAGAUAGAAGAGUCUGAAAAAUUGAAGAUAUCACAAAAUGGAAGUGUCCUACAGCUCACAAUUUUAAAUGCUCAGCUGAUAGAUCAAGGACUGUACAGUUGUACUGUAUAUAAUCAUUACGGAGGAACAACAACUGCUGCAAUACUAACAGUCAAAGCUAAAGAAGCACAAGGCAAAGCAGUAACAAAAAUUACCCUUGAAUCAGAUACUAAAAACUUUAAAGCAGCCAAAGAUUGUCAGUUUAAAGCAUCUGAAGUAAAACAAGAGUCAUCGAAGAAAACUUCAAGCUUGUUUAUAUCUACAUCCCAAAGAUCGCAUGAAGCUGAGAAGCAAAGAAGCAGGGUCUACUAUCCUGACGUUGUGCCAUGCGAAGACUUCACAGAAACUGAUGCCAGAGCACCAGAGUUUCUUGAAACUCUGCCUUCAGAAACCUUUGUAAAAGAAGGAGAUGAUGUGUUACUCUUUUGCAUAAUGAAGGGUGUGCCUACACCUUGUGUGGUCUGGCUGUGCAAUCAGCUCAUAGUUGAGGAGUCUGCAUUGUGUUCCUUAAAACACGAUGGGCCACUGUGCAGUUUAAGAUUGUUGAAAGUUGGUCAGAACCACCAGGGUACAUACAAGUGCAGAAUAGUUAAUCCUGCAGGACAAGCCGAGUGCAGCACCCAUCUGAGAGUGACAGGUUGGCAACUGCAUGUUCCUUCCAAGUAUCAGUUCCUCUUGCAUAGCAUCAUUGCAUUCCAGUACACUCUUUCCCGGGGAGAUGAUAAAGGGCUAGAAGCAUCUCAUAAGCCUGUGGAUUGCUGAAUGUUUUCUUCAGGGAUUUAAGGCAUGAUAAAGGCAUGUUCCAUUAGAAACCUUCCCCCAUCCUGCACAAAACAUAAAUCUUGUAGAAAAGUAUUCAUUGCAAACAAGUUUGAAAGCAUUCGGUUACUCUGUUCUCAACGUUUAUCAAAUAUUUGCAUUGUUUGGCAUGUGUUUAUGUGUAUUUAUGUGUGAAUUUCUGUAUCUUUGCAAGAGAGAUUGAAUGUUUUACUUUACAAACUGUUGAAUGGCAAUUUGAGCUCAAAAAUCCUUUUUUUUUUC